GGCGGAUCCCAGGGAAAGAGAUAUUGUGGAUCUGUUACAGCUACUAGUGAGGUGAGAAAUAUCGACACAGCAGAAACCAGAAACUCUUCAGUCACUUUAGGCUUUUAUUUUGUAGAGCUUUUGUUGUUGCUAGAAUUAGAAUAUAAACUUUAUACACCUGCCGCGCCCUCUUCCUCUUUCUGUCGCCUUCACAGCGCAGGUAAUGGAGAUGUAGAUGUAGAUGUAGGCCUGGAUCACCUCGGUGCUCAGGAAGGUGGAUCAAUGUUCCUCUACACAUGGACACUUCCAGGAUGACCCAGCUGCUGUUUUACUAGAAUUAACCUGGCAGGAGACGAGCUGAUCGGUGUAAUGAAGGAUCGACUGGCUGAACUGACUGCUAGUAAGACACGAGCAGAGGAGGAUGUCGUUGCAGUCGCAGUGGACAGAGAUGGCUUCAUGGAGAGCUUUUUCAGAAGGGUGGAAGAAGUCCGAGGACUCAUUGAUAGGAUCUCCUACCAAGUGGAAGAGGUGAGGAAGAUGCACAGCAUGAUCCUGUCUGCACCCAACCCAGAUGACAGAACAAAGGACCAGCUGGAUACGCUGACCAACGAUAUCAAAGGGAACGCCAACGUGGUGCGAACCAAACUAAAAUCCAUGGAACAAAGUAUGCCCAAAGAUGAUGUCGCUAACAGAUCCUCUGUUGACUUCAGGAUCCAGAAAACACAGCACACGGUGCUGUCCAGGAAGUUUGUGGAGGUCAUGACUCAGUACAAUGAGACUCAAGUGUCCUUUCGGGAGAGAAGCAAAGGAAGGAUCCAGAGACAGCUGGAGAUAACUGGAAGAGUGACCACCAAUGAAGAACUAGAAGGCAUGCUAGAAAGUGGAAAUCCAUCCAUCUUCACAUCUGAUAUCAUUUCUGAUUCCCAGAUCACACGUCAGGCCCUAAAUGAGAUCGAGUCACGACACCAAGACAUCAUGCGUCUGGAGUCGAGCAUCAGAGAGCUCCACGCGAUGUUUAUGGACAUGGCGAUGCUGGUAGAAACUCAGGGGGAUAUGGUCAACAACAUUGAGAAUAAUGUCUCCAAUGCAGCCGAAUACAUUUGUAGUGCAAAAGAAGAGACCAAAAAAGCAGUGAGAUACCAGAAAAAAUCCCGACGGAAAUACAUUAUCAUCGCCUUUGCUCUGUUGAUCCUGCUUGCUGUCAUUGCACUAAUUGUUGGCCUGUCUGUUGGACUAACCAAACCCCCUGUGUGAGAACUACUGUGAUUACCGCGUGAGAAACUACUCGGCCUUGCCAUGUGUGGGGUCGCAGGUUUACUCCUUUUACUCAUCAUAAUAGUCGGAGUCUUUGAGUCGUGAGUCAGACCCUCACAGCAGUCAGCUGUAGGCCGCUCGGCUUCAUAAUAAAGACAAUAACAAGUCAUUCACUAUCCAACAGCAUUACAGAGAGGAUCUCUUCACUACACUGAAGUAAGUAUAAUGUGUGUGAUCCACUUUGCACCAGUAACAUCAGACCUCAUGAUACACUGUUCUGGAGAACAAAGCAUCCUGUCAGCACACAUCCCUUUCCCUCAGCGGUGAUACAAUGAACACUGACAGCACAUCAGAUUAAUACACUGGUGUGCGUUCUGUACUGCUGCCGUUGUUUCAUGUUAAGUAUCACUCUCAGACAUUUCUUGGUCUAAUGACUUUAAAGGACAUUUUUGACAUUUCGGGAAAUAAACUUAUUCGCCCUUCUUGCUGAGAGUCAGACGAGAAGAUUGAUACCACUCGUGCCUGUACAGUAAAUAUGACGCCAUCACCAGCGGUGGCCGGUUAUCUUAGCUUAGCAUAAAGACUGGAAACAGUAAAACAGCUAAUUUGGCUCUGCCAAAAGUAACAAAUGGCACGUUAAGAGUUUACGGGUGUUUAUGUGCCAAAUUAUUUCUUGGCCAGACGCAGUGACUUCCCGGAGUCUUGUUGUCAUUGCAAGGUUGCCAGGCAACUAGCGGAGGCUCCAGGAGGCCACUUAUCCUGGCACAUGGCCCCUUGUAAAACCACAAUGUGUCAUUUUUACACCUCUGUUUGCAUAUUAAACAAACAAGAUAUAAUAUGGUAAUGUAUGAGCCUUUAGAGAUAAUGAUAGGCUGAGCCAGGCUAGCUGUUUCCCUUUGUUCACAGUCUUUGUGCUAAGCUAAGCCAACCGGCUGCAGCUUAAUAUUUAGCGUAGGUUACAGACAUGAGAGUGCAAGAAACGUUUUCCCCAAAAGUUCAAUGUACUGCCUUAAUAUUCAAAAGAUAUUGUGACAAUUGUCUUUAUAAAUUGAUUGUAUAAUUUGUGUUUACAUGUUCAAGUGUAUGUUCUCUUGUACUUUUGUAUAUGUAGGCUACUGUAAUUCAUGUGAAUUGAAUGUAAAACUCCUACAGCUCAGGAGUCCUUUAGAAAAUAGUAAAUUGUAAAAAAAUAUAUAUAUAUUCUACGUAAGCAUUUCUUGUUAAAUAUUUUCGGAUCAAUCGAAUGGAAUUCAUCACUUCAUUGCAACCGUACACAAGUGCCUUGCUGACAUUUAAUAUGAAACCUUAACUUAUUGAAUAUAUUCUAUUUAUCGCGGUGUGUGAUGACUGAAAUAUCAAUUGUGAAAAAAGUCACGCUAGGACUCUUGGAUGACGUUAUUUCAAGAGCACACAUUUUAAUUUUGAUAUAUUUGUUCCUUGUAAGUUAUUAUCUUGUAUUUUAUAUUGAAACAGAAAGUCAUGUAAUUAAAAGAUAAAGUAUA